AUGCGGUCAGGGUUUUUGGUCAAAUCCAAAAAGGCAUGCUAUUCGGAAGGCGAGAUUGAAGAGAAACUAUUGGAAAUGAAAGCAAAGCCAUAUGACAAGGAAGUUCAAGAGAAAGCUUGUGUUUACAUUUCGGAUCUUUGGGAAAGGCGUGAUGUCCAUCAUGUUGUAUUGAAGCAUGGUGGCAUCGAAAUGUUGAUCGCUGCUCUCAAGAAUUAUCCUAAUGUCACUCACAUACAAUUUUCCGCACUCUGGGACUUGAAGUAUCUUGCAGGGCAUACUUCUCAAAGAAUCAAACAGAUUCAAUCAGGAGUAAUUGACCUGCUCAUAAUCAUGAUGAAGUCGCACCAAGAAAUUCUAAUGCUGCAGCAACUCGGCAUGGAAUUUCUCACAGAGUUUGCCAUAAAUGGGCAAGAAAAGGCUUGUGCAAGACCUGAAAUACUUGACAUCGUGAAUCACUCGAUGCGGAAACACCGGCAGUGUGCUGAUUUCCUUUAUUUUGCCAUUUAUUUCGUAGCAGCCAUUACUGAAGUUGAUGGAGUGAUCAAGGCCAUAAUUGACAAGGGUAUUCUCAGAGGGGUAGUGGAUGUCAUGAAAUCUACCUGCCACGAUGAGGAGGUUCAGGCAGCCAUCGUCACUCUACUGGCGAGAAUCAGCCAGGGUGAAUUUAUCGAAACCAUCGUGAAGGAGGCAGACAUGGAUGUGAUAGCUCAAGCCAUGAAAAGAUUCCCGAGCAGCCAGAAGAUACAAGCUGGAGUUUGUCAAAUUAUCGAUAAAUGCAGACUGAGCGUCGAAUUUGAAGAUGUGUUUGGUCAAAAGAGAGCCGUUGAGCAUUUGGUUGAAUUGCUGGAUGAGUGUAAGAAACCUGGUAUGAUCGAAUACGCUUUAAACGCCAUUACCAGUAUUGCGGCCUCCAAAUCACUUGCUUCGAAAUUGAAAUCAGCCGGAGCUAUUGAGAUAGUCAGAAGGCUCCUCGAUGAGAAUCCUCAUUCCGUGCAAGUUCAGAACCAAGCAAGAUCCUUCCUUACGAUCAUGAGCUUGCAUGUCACUGAUGACAAAUUCUCUGCAACUGGGAGGGGCGGGUUUGAUAAUACAAGCAAGUCAUUGGGGAAAAAAUCUGAAGAAAGAUCCCGCCUGAACCCAAAUAGCAAAAAGCAAACAUCCUCUGUCAACAGUUUCGAGAAAGAUGAAAUUGAAAGGAUUGUUGCAAGCAUCGAAGGAAGAUCAGCACAAAGUAAAGAGAAUGUUAAGAAAGGCAAAGGCCAGAAAAGGAAGGACAAUGUAAAUGCAGAUACCAAUGAGUUGAAAACAGACAACAAGAGUGGCGGGGGUUCGGGAAAUCUCGGCCAGACCAACAAGACCAAAGAUCAAGCAGAGAUGCAAGAGUCGCAAGAAAACGACGAAAAGACCGAAUCAAGCCAAUCGGUCGAAGAUCCCAGCAAUGGAUGUGUGAUUUGCAUGAAUUCAUUUGCAUCGCACGCUUACAUUCCAUGUGGUCAUCAAUGCGUCUGUCUUGAGUGCAGUACUCAAUUCUCCAACCGCUGCCCUGUUUGCAAUCAAGAGAGCCAAAUGGUCAUCAAGAUCUGGCAGUAUGCAGCUUGA